CGGCCAAACAUCGUAGCAGGUAGCAGAGGAGAUCAAUUGAUCAUUAAUGAAAAGCUGGCAAAGCUGGUAAAUAUCUCUUGGCGUUAUCCUUCUUCUUCUUCUUCUUCCCUGGAGAGAAUCAAGCUGAAAGGAGAGAACUUUGGCAUUGUAGAGGUAAUAUGGCUUCGACCCUUUUCUCCAGAGCCUUUCUGGCUGCAAGUCGCCGCUUGAUUACUCCCUCUCUUCUUCCGGAAACCACACUCAACCUCGCCGCGUUCCUGAGUAAGAGAUCAUUCUUCUCUCAGUUAGGAGCUUCCUCUACAUGGGCUCGUAGAGCCAUGGCUUCUAGUGGAGUUGGGGGGAAAGCUGGAUACGCUACGUCGUCCGUACCAACCAAUGAGCCUGUUGUGUCUGUUGACUGGCUCCAUUCUAAUCUUAGAGAGCCUGAUUUGAAGGUUUUGGAUGCGUCAUGGUACAUGCCAGAAGAGCAGAGGAACUCCAUCCAAGAGUAUCAGGUUGCUCAUGUUCCUGGUGCUCUCUUCUUUGAUUUGGAUGGAAUAUCAGAUCGAUCAACAAGUUUGCCACAUAUGUUGCCGUCUGAGGAAGCUUUUGGUGCUGGUUGUUCUGCUCUUGGGAUUGAGAACAAAAACGGAGUGGUUGUUUAUGAUGCUAAGGGGAUCUAUAGUGCAGCCCGUGUAUGGUGGAUGUUCAGAGCUUUUGGACACAACAAAGUUUGGGUGCUGGAUGGAGGUCUACCGAGAUGGCGUGCUUCAGGUUAUGAUGUUGAAUCUAGUGCAUCAGGUGAUGCUAUUCUGAAAGCCAGUGCCGCAAGUGAGUCUAUAGAGAAGAUCUAUCAAGGACAAACCGUCAGUCCAAUAACCUUUCAGACCAAGUUUCAGCCACAUCUAGUGUGGUCCCUUGAUCAGGUCAAGAAAAACAUGGAGGAUCCGACAUAUCAACACAUAGACGCACGUUCCAAAGCCAGGUUUGACGGUACUGCUCCGGAACCGCGUAAGGGAAUAAGAAGCGGUCAUAUCCCUGGAAGCAAAUGUGUCCCCUUUCCUCAGCUGCUUGAUUCUUCGCAAACACUCUUACCAGCAGAAGAAGUGAAGAAACGAUUUGAACAAGAAGAAAUCUCACUGGACAAGCCUAUUAUGGCCUCUUGUGGCACUGGGGUAACAGCUUGCAUCCUGGCUAUGGGGCUUCACCGACUGGGUAAAACCGAUGUGCCAGUCUAUGAUGGCUCCUGGACUGAAUGGGCAACAGAACCAGACUUGCCCAGGGAAGGAGCUGAAUCUUCUUCAUGAAAUGUCCUUGGAAAGGCUACUAGCAACAAGAUUAAAAGCCACAUUGGCCACAUACAAUAUGAACCAUGGUGUUUUUAACUUGAAAUAAAUCAUUGUUUUUCAA